GUCGUCGUCUCCCCUCAGAGCGGUUCCUGUCUCCCCCAGCCCCUCACGGCCGCUCCCGCCGCAGUCUCCCCUCAGAGCGGUUCCUGUCUCCCCAUAGCCCCUCACGGCCAUUCCCGUCGUCGUCUCCCCUCAGAGCGGUUCCCGUCUCCCCCAGCCCCUCACGGCCGUUCCCGCCGCAGUCUCCCCUCAGAGCGGUUCCUGUCUCCCCCAGCCCCUCACGGCCGUUCCCGCCGCAGUCUCCCCUCAGAGCGGUUCCUGUCUCCCCCAGCCCCUCACGGCCGUUCCCGCCGCAGUCUCCCCUCAGAGCGGUUCCUGUCUCCCCCAGCCCCUCACGGCCGUUCCCGCCGCAGUCUCCCCUCAGAGCGGUUCCUGUCUCCCCCAGCCCCUCACGGCCGUUCCCGCCGCAGUCUCCCCUCAGAGCGGUUCCUGUCUCCCCCAGCCCCUCACGGCCGCUCCCGCCGCAGUCUCCCCUCAGAGCGGUUCCUGUCUCCCCCAGCCCCUCACGGCCGUUCCCGCCGCAGUCUCCCCUCAGAGCGGUUCCCGCCGCGAUGUUCCGCGGACGCCGUGCUUGGUUCUCGCAGAGCGUCAGCCCGGGCCCGCGGGGGCUGUGGGCAGACGGCGGCGGCACCACCACCCACUGGCUGGAUGCUGACUACCUCUUCAGCAGCGAUGCCGCCCACCCCGACACCCGCAGCAUUCACGAGAGCCUCCGUUACUUGGAGGGCAGAGCCACGGUCUUCCACUCCUGUUACCUCUCAGUGUGUGCAGACACUGGCACCAGAGAGAAGCCCUCGGGGCUUCUGGGCCACUUCGUCCUGCCCCCUGCCUGCCUGCAAGAAGAAAUCAGAAGGAAAAUUGGCUGGUUUAUUUGGGAGAAGGCAGAUGCCCUUGAAGAACAGACCAAGGAAAAUCUGACAGACGGACCAGAAGCAGCAAGUAAUGGCUGUGAGGAAGAAACAGAGGAAGCACUAGACCUGGCUGAGAGCAGUGAAGAAACAGACUCUGAAGAACUUGCCCAGGGAGAAUUCCCAUACCGUGCCCUCCAGAAAUACCCAAUAAAUAACAUGGUGACAGGCUAUGCCUCUGCACGGGACAUGAAGAAAUAUGAGGGGGAACUCCAUGACUUUAUCCCUGGCACCUCAGGCUAUGCAGCCUACUGGGUUCAAAGCAAACCUAGCAUGUACUGCAAGACCAAAAUGAAGAGGAAAUUGUAAGGAACAGCUGGCUGGAGCAGCAAAAACUUCACUCUAAGAGCUGCCAGAUGAUUUAUAAAUUACCUGACUACAGCUCAGAGUAUUCCAUGUAUUAUUUAAGUACUGGCUACAGUUAUUGCAGUAUUUGCUUCUUUAAGUAACUACUUAAACUAAAUUUCACAACAAACAUAAAUACAGACAUUCCUCCUCAAAACACAAAGUAUUUUCUUUUUAUUCCAGGAUGAGGUGGUGGUGGUGGUGGUUUAAGCUAUGUUUAACUAGUUUAAGCAAGUUUUCCCUGGAGGGACACACUGAGGUCUCCUUUCAUUUAAUCACAGAAAUGUAAGACUUCUCCCUUACAUUUAAGCACUUUCAAGUGACCAAUAGAGUUAUAAAAAGCAACUUUUAUUGUGGCACAGCCUGAUCCCUGGGCUGUCCACCUGGAAGAAGCACAGGCAAACCUAGGACAGGCUCCUACAAGCUCCAAGGAGCCACCAUGGCUGGCUGCCCCAAAGGCAAGAGAGCCUCUAAAAAGCAGCUUUGCACCUCACAUCCCAAACUGCCAUGAAAGAACACAAAAAGAUGCUGCCACACACAAAG